AGACACUUGUCCCGGCAAGUCACCCGCCGGUUGAUGUAGCUCAAGGUUCCACCAGCACAAUACUACUAGGGUCAGAUGGGCAAACAGAACAAAGACGAUAUCCCAAACCUAAGCAGGGUUGGCAAUCGUGAUAUUAUCCAACGUCUCAACUUCCUCUACCAAGCCAGUGUUCUCCUCAAUGGCAUGACAGCUGACCCCUCCUCGCAGGUUCCGUUUAGCACUUGCGAAACCAACGACACGCAAGACCCACCGAAAAAAUGGCAAAAGAGGGUUGUGUCUACUGCGGAUCUGUCUAGGAGCUACAUAGACACGAUGAAAGUUGUCGGGCAGAAAACGAAUGUCAAGAUUGAUCCAACAGUCAAACGCGUUAUAUGUAAGGGAUGCCGUAUCGUGUUAAUACCUGGCACUUCCUCAACCGUGCGGGUGAAGAAUUCCAAAUCGCACGGGCACCUUGUUAUCCAUACUUGUAACUCUUGCAGAACAUCACGGCGAAUACCCGCGCCUCCAGUACUGGAUGCGAAUGAACCUGAAUCCAAAUCCACCACGAUGGACCGACUAGCUCCCGGUGCUGCAACUGGAAGUGCUUCGCGGUCAGCACAGUGUAGACAAAAGAGACCGCGCACGCCCCGUCUGGUACCCCACUUCGCUCGAGACCUAGGUCAUGUUAUUUUCCGAGGAAACGAGAAGUUACCCGAUGCUAUUCUGUGAGAUCAGACUGUAUCAUUUUAUGACUUGUCUGUUCCCACACCGGUACCCUACCAUCGAUUACUGAAGUUAGACAAUUCGUUCCUCUCAAUGAUAGGUUCGAAAGUGGAGAUCAUAGAGCUGGUGGUAGGGAAUACCAACGAGAAGUUUGAAGUUCACAGCUCCAGCACUAUCGCUAGCCCACGCCCCUCUCAAGCUAUAUUGAUGUGGGGAACGUUCUACAAAUCUGUCUCCGUAGAGCUGUAGAUAAUAAUAUCAUGAUGAUCAUAGUACUCACCCCACGGUCUAUGACGGCACGCUCAAUUAUCGUAACUAUGUAGUCGAACUCGCUGGCACUAGACGUAAAUAAGUUAGUCUUUAUGCAGAUAAAUCGUUCGGCACUGACCGU